UCAGUGCUCAGGCUGCCGGCUCCAUGCGCCCCGGGACCCGGCGGAGGCACCAUGAGGAGCGGCCGCAGCAGCGGGGCCAUCCCGGGCCUCCUACUGUUGCUGGUGCUGGGGACCCGUACUGGCAGAGCUAAAGCAACCUGCAUGGAGACCGACUUCACCUGUGACAACGGCCACUGCAUUUCAGCCCGCUGGAAAUGUGAUGGUGAAGAGGAAUGCCCUGAUGGAAGUGAUGAGUCUGAAGCCACCUGCAGUUACAUGAAGCAGACAUGUGCUGCAGAGAAGUUCAGCUGUGGAGAGUCCAGCAAUAAGUGUAUCCCAGCCACCUGGAGGUGUGAUAGUGAGAGGGACUGUGAAAAUGGUGUGGAUGAGAAGGACUGUCCUACCGGUUGCCCGCGUGGCGAGUUCCAGUGCCGCAAUAAGUUCUGUAUCUCUGCGAGCUUUGUGUGCGACGGCGUCGAUAACUGCAGUGAUGGAAGCGAUGAAGAGGAUUGCGCCUUAGUCACGUGUAAAUCAGGACAGUUCCGCUGCGGGAAGGGCGUGUGCAUCCCCGAGAAGUGGCUGUGUGAUGGCCAAGCCGAUUGUGCGGACCAGUCCGAUGAAUCCGAAGAUCGCUGCGGUCUGAAAAGUCAGCCGCAGGCAGUGACGCAGUGUGGCCCGCAAGAGUACAGAUGUGGCAACGGCAAGUGUAUUCACCUGAACUGGAGGUGUGACGGUGACCAGGACUGUAAAGACCACUCCGACGAGAAGGACUGCCCUUUGGUGUCCUGCCGUCCGGAUGAGUUUCAGUGUGGAGAUGGCUCCUGUGUAUAUGGGAUGUACCAGUGCAAUGGAGUCAGAGACUGCCUCGAUGGCAGCGAUGAGACGGGAUGCCGCACUGCAGUGGAAGGGCCUUGUGAUACAGAAGGAACAUUUCAGUGCAAAAGCGGAGAAUGUAUUGACAUUCGCAAAGUGUGUGACUUUCGUCAGGACUGCCGGGACUGGUCUGAUGAGCCUCUGAAGGAGUGCGGAGUCAACGAGUGUUUGAUAAAUAAUGGCGGCUGUUCGCACAUCUGCAAGGAUCUGAAGAUGGGACAUGAAUGUGACUGCCCCACGGGCUACAAGUUAAUUGACAAAAAAACUUGUGGAGAUAUUGACGAGUGUGAGAACCCCGAUGCGUGCAGCCAGAUCUGUGUCAAUUAUAAAGGAGACUAUAAAUGUGAAUGUUAUGAAGGAUUUCAGAUGGACAGCGUGUCUAAGACGUGCAAAGCAGCAGGACAGAGUCCAUAUCUGAUCUUUACCAACCGGCAUGAGCUCCGCCAAAUCGAUCUAGUCCGCAGAGAUUACUCGCGUCUCGCCUCGCAGUUAAAAAAUGUUGUAUCUCUGGAUGUAGAAGUGAUGAGCAAAAAGAUUUACUGGUGUGACCUCUUCCAUCGCAAGAUUUACAGUGCCCCUCUGGAUCGUGCCUCAGACCCUGCAGAACAUGUUGUGUUGGUCAACAGCCAUCUCCACUCCCCCGAGGGUCUGGCUGUAGACUGGAUCCACAAGAACAUUUACUGGACAGAUUCUGGAAAUAAGACUAUUUCUGUCGCAACCUCUGAUGGCUGCAAACGGAAAACACUCUUUAACCAGAGCCUGGGGGACCCAAGGGCCAUUGCGGUUGAUCCUACAACAGGGUUCAUGUUCUGGUCGGACUGGGGAGACCCCGCUAAGAUAGAGAAGGCUGGCCUGAACGGGGGUGACCGACAGGUUCUGGUUUCUGAUGAAAUUGAGUGGCCCAAUGGGAUCACAUUAGAUGUGCUGACCCAUCGUUUGUAUUGGGUGGACUCGAAGCUCCAUACCCUCUCCAGCGUGGACUUCAAUGGGUCAAACAGAAAGCUGCUCAUCUUCUCCGAGGAAAAGCUCAGUCACCCCUUUGGUCUGGCAGUCUUUGAGGAUAAGGUGUUUUGGACAGAUCUGGAAAAUGAGGCCAUCUUCAGCGCCAACAGAUUGACAGGAAAAGACAUUUAUGUCCUGGCUGAGAAUCUCAACAAUCCACAUGAUAUAGUUGUUGUUCAUCAGCUAAAGCAACCAAAAGCUGUAAAUGCCUGUAACCAAGGCCCUCUACCGAAUGGUGGGUGCGAAUACCUGUGCCUGGCGGCCCCUCAGAUUUCCGUCCAUUCACCCAAAUACACAUGUGCCUGUGCAGACGGUGUGGAGUUGGGGCUGGAUAUGAGGAGCUGUGGGAAAGUUGCAGUGAUUACUACUACUCAAGCACCUUUACCACCACUCCUGACUGAGUCUCUUGCUACAGAGCCUAUUCCUACCACAGUUGCCAAGACUACUGCAAAGCCCACCACGACCACCACAGUCACGACCACUAAGAUAAUCUAUGACUCCAGCCCCACUGACAAUCUCCGAACUACCUCUAAGCCCAGCCACCGAGAAAUCCACUUUACAACUACUGGGAACAACAGCAUAUACCAGCACUAUGGUAAUGCAGAUUCUGACCUCAGGUCCACACUGACUGCUGCAGUCAUUGGAGUAGCGGUGCCAGUGGCUGUUCUUGCCCUCCUCUGCCUGUCCGGAUAUCUCAUCUGGAGGAACUGGAAGCGGAAGAAUACAAAGAGCAUGAAUUUUGAUAAUCCAGUCUACCGGAAAACGACGGAAGAGGAAGAGGAGGAGGAAGAAGAGAUUCACAUUGGUCGGACAACUCAGAUUGGGCAUGUCUAUCCAGCUCGUGUGGCGUUGAGCCUGGAAGAUGACGGUUUGCCUUGAGGAUCGAUACCAGGUCUGACACUUAUCUCAGUUGAGCGAGGAACAUCCGAAGAACUGUCACCGGCCCCGAGUCUCUCAGCAGAUGACAAGUCAACCAUAUCAUGUUGUGUGCUGCCACUGCCCGGGCCUGACGAGGCAGAUAUGUUACAAAUCCGUGAGACCUAACAGAUUGCGUCUGAUGCGUAAAAUUCCCUGGAUACCGGGAACGACAAGAUUUCAUAGAUCACAAGCGACAGGCAGCAGAGAAAUUCUUAAACCCGCUGUUAUUUAUUUUGGUGAUGGACAACCACAAAAAAAUAUAAUAAUUCAAACAUCCAAAGGAUGUAAGGGGUUUCUAUGUAUAAUCUUUUAUACAGAUUUUUACUUGACCCUCGGCCGAGGCAUGCCCUUCUCCCUCUUCUCCCCCCGCUCUGUAUAUAGCCGUCUCCUGGGACAACCUGCUGUUUUAAAAUAUUAUAUUUAUAGACCUUUUUUAUGUACAUAACAAAACUUUGUGGUUCUCCAUCAGCAUAUGCAUUAAAUUAAUGAUGAAAAUUAAAUUUUUUUUUUGUAGGAUAUUUAUUAACCUGGGCAUGUGUGGGGGGGGGGGGGGGCAGGAGACUUUGCGAUCGGCUAAGGGAGGUUUGCUAAAAAGGACAGGGAUGAGAGUAUUUAUUUUUUGUAUGUUCCGGGUUUCUAUGUUUGCAGUAGUAGAUCUCUGAUCUGUUCAGUAACUUUACAUACUUGUUAAUGUUCCUCUUUUUUUAGGUUCCCUAAGGUGGGUGUUAAUAAAAAAUAAUAAAAAAAUCUAUAGUUCUGGUGGCUGGAGGAAAAAUUAUAAAAAAAAUAAUAAUAAAAAAUUAGGAAUAAAACAGCUGAGAAAGAGAAGAAAAUUUUUGGAAGCCAAGUUUAACCCUUGAAGAUCUCAAAUACAUAAUAAUAUGCUAAACAGCGAUGUGUCUUUUAUGGAAUAGGUUGAAAAGAUGUUAGUUUUAUAUUUGCUGGAUGAUGAAUUGUAACACUGGCGUUUUUAGGGAGAGAUUUAUUAAGACUGCUUUCUGCGCCAAUGUUCACAUCUCCUGUGCUGCCGGAGGGCACGCCUAAUUUGGUGCUUCCUUCCGCAGCCCAUGCGUCUAAACAGAAAUCUGUUUCUGGCUUCUUUUGCAGCAGAAAAUUGGCGUAAAUGAAGAUAAAUUUGCCACGUCCCCUUUCUGAAAAGUGGCAAGAGCAGCGUAAACCUACCCUUUGCAUUGCACUUUUUUUUUUUUUUUUAAGUCGCACUUAAAAAGUCGCAAACACACGUGAUCUCUACUGUUCCUCUGUAUGCCUCAAUUUUUAUAGAGACACCCAGAAGUUAUUUUAUUUUUUGUUGUAUGGAGGCCGUACAGCUCCGUACUGAUGAGCCGUAUAGUUUCCUUGCGCUGCCGUAUGAGCCCAUAAUACCCAUGCCAAGGGCUGAGAUUCCUGCACACGGGAGUGCUGCUUACAGGGGGCACAAACUUUCACACGUAUCCACUCUGCCAUCUGAGCUAAGGGCUGCAAAAAUACAUUCUGGUGCUAUUAAUCUCUCCCAUUAUAAAAAAAAAACAAAAUCACAUUGGUUCUCAUUGAUGAACCAAUUGAAGGACAGUCCGUUGCCGAUGCAGCACGUACUGUAUGUACACUAUGGGCCUCCUGUAUAAAAACAAAUGGCAAACAGUGAGGGGUAACUCCAGGAACCAAUCAGAUUUAAAGGGGUAUGCCCAUCUCAGACAUAAGGGGGCAUGUCGCUAGGAUAUGCCACCAAUGUCUGAUAAGUGGGGGCACCUAAACUUAGAAUGGAGCCCGCAAUGUGUUGGAAGGCGCACGGCUGCCAUCCAUUCAUUCCUAUGGGAGCGCCGAAAAUAGCUAUUUCCAUCAGCCUCAUAGAGGAGAAUAGAGUGGUGGGCACUCUUGCACGGUGCGCUUCCCAUUCAAUUUAAUAGUAAUAGUAUUUUCAAAGCUCCCAUAGGAAUGAAUGGAGGGCGGCCGCGCAUACGUAGUGCACCCUCCAGCACUUUGCGGGCUCCGUUCUAAGUAUAGGUGCGGGUCCCGGAGGUGGGACCCCUACCUAUCAGACAUUGGGGGCAUAUGCUAGCGAUAUGUCCCCCAACGUCAAAGAAAAGCAAAGCGGAACCUGAUUGGUCGCUAAAGGGACUUUUGUGACUGCACAGCUUUUCAUGAGAGAUUUAUCAUCUUUGCUCGUAAGUUGUAGGUAGGAGCGAAUACAUUUCAGUCGAAGAGUACAAUCACUUUAUAUUGACUGCAAUGCCGGGUGCUAAUCGAAUGUACAGUUUACUAUUCUACCUGCAUGGGGCUAAAUUGUAAUAUACUAGUCUUUUAACAAUUUGCCUAAAUGUAUAUUUCAUUCAACUCCUUAAAUACAUGUGUGGAGUCAUUCAAAAUAAAUUUGAAGCUCUUGACACUAGAAAGGGCUGCUCCGCAGGCAUUUCACUUGUGUUCUAUCGGUAAGCGCCCCCUACAGCUUGUAUGACCUCAGGCCACCUCUUUGACUUUAAAGGAGAACACUUUUGGACAUUCCAGCUAUUUCAAAUGUUUGCUUUACUUUCGGUUUUCGUUAUUCACAUGCAGAGCUAAAUUCAGAAUUCUGCUGGUUUUCCUGUUACCAGAGAGCAAUGCGUGACAGUAAGGCCUCGUGUCCGUAGUAGAUGCGGAGGCAUACGGAGUCCCUGUGUCUCUGUGCUGCCUUCGUGAUAUGACAUCCAAUGGAACAUGGCACUUUUCUUUCCUCACAAAUUCAUACAAAAUACAAUAGAGCCCCACAGACUUGGGCCUCAUGCACACGUAUACAGGCCCCGGCCAUUUUUUGCACCGCAUCAUGGAUGGGUCCGCAAUCUGGAAGGUCCAGUGCGGAACUGAGGCACGGAAGCACUACGGGGGGGGCUGCUUUCUCCCAGAAAGAACCCCCCCCCCCCCCCCCAUGACCUCUGACUAUAUGUGGCACCAGGAGGCUGCGCCAUUAGAAAUACCUGCUCUUUUCCUCACACUCAGUGACCUCCCUAUCAAACCAAGGGCAUAGAUAGAUAGCAUUAGGUCACCUUAGUAAAAUGUUGGUUUUUUUUCUGCUUCCUGAUCAGAGUCUGUGAUAAUAAAAUAUGAGCCUUUUAUAAUACGCAAAUGAGCGGUUUGGUGUAACGAGGGCGUCGCCCUUGCACCAUAACGCCGCUCCUUUCAGCAUCUAGCUCCACCCGCCCUUCUUUGAUUGGCAGGGCCAGGCACCGUCCUCUCACUCAUGACACAUUUCUUGGCAUAUUGGUGCAUGCGCAGUGUAGCCCUGGUUCUUGUCAGAGAUUAAAUAGCCUGUGCUGCGCAUGCACAGUAACGUCGAUCUCCACACAGAAGAGACGGAUCUCGGCAUCAUGUCAUUGGCGCAUGUUCAGUACAGACAGAUUUUUUCCCUAGCGAGAAUCCGUGCUGUUUUGCGCAUGCGCCGAUAUGCAAAGCUACAGCACAUAAGCAAGAACAAAGAACCAGGUGAGAAUACAUCACCACUGCUUGGCCCUGGCAAGCAAAGCAGCGGCCGUGUGCUGAAAUAAGUGAAGGAGUGGUGAUAUGGUGCGACAAGAGCAACAAUAACGCCCUUGUUGCACCAAAUGGCUCAUUUGCAUAUUAUGAAAUAGCUCGUAUCUCUAGAAAUAGGAAGCAUAAGAAAAUGUUUUACUCAGGUGACCUAAUGCUAUCUAUCUAUGCCUUGGUGCAUGUACGGUAAUGUGCAUGAGGUUUUAAACUAGCCAUACACAUAAUUCCCAUGGGUAUGGCCAACCCUGCAGGGAUGCUCAACCUGCGGCUCUCCAGCUGUUUUAAAACUAUAACUCCCACCAUGCCCUGCUGGAGGUUGAUAGCUGUAGGCUGUCCGGGCAUGCUGGGAGUUGCAGUUUUGCAACAGUUGGAGGGCCACAGUGUAGUAUGAAUGGCUAGCUUUACACUUAGCAUUCAAGUCACUUGUCUAACAGCUGAGUAGAGGUAAUCCGUUGUCUGUUGCCAAGGGCAACCAUCAGCAUUUCAAAGGUCUCUCUGGAUAUAAAUGAGAAAAACAUGAAAUAACUCCAAAGCGGCACAAAAUAAAUAACGUAUUUGCAAAGUUUCUUUAUGGAGAGAAACAUUUGUAAAAUUGGGAUAAAAGUGGUGCUUAAAGGGAACCUGUCACCGGGAUUUUGUGACCGCUAGCACAUCCGCAAUACCCAGUCCCCAUAGCUCUGUGUGCUUUUA